UGGCUCGCUUGCUUUACGUUGUGUACAUGCGUAGUCGUUACUUGGUCAGCAUAUUGUCUGAUUAAGUCUGAAGCACUUAGUUUUCAGCAGUUUUAGUCCCGUUAGUAGGAUGUCUUCUGAUAAGAAGCCGCAAGUGGAUUUGGGACUGCUAGAAGAAGAUGAUGAGUUUGAAGAGUUUCCAGCGGAAGACUGGACUGGUUUAGAAGAAGAUGAAGAUGCACAUGUUUGGGAAGAUAAUUGGGAUGACGAUAAUGUUGAAGAUGAUUUCUCUAAUCAAUUAAGGUAA